AUGCAAACAAAUAGCUGUGGGAGUUCCAACGACAAGGCACCCUUGCCUUGUGCUUUCCAGGAGCCAAUGGCAGCACCCAGACACAUGCAAGAUGGAUCGUCAGCAGUAGCUGAGCAGCUGGAAACAAUUGAUUUGAGUGAGGAUCCCUCUGCCCCGAGGCCCAUUUCCAUAAGUGUUCAUUUAACAAAUGAGGAGAGGGCGGCCUUGAUAUCUUUGCUAAAGGAAUUUCGAGAUGUGUUCGCUUGGAGCUAUGAGGAAAUGCCUGGUCUGAACCCAAGCUUAGUAAGUCAUACUCUGAAUAUUGAGCUUGGUACAAAACCUGUCGUGCAGGCAAGAAGGAAUUUUCAUCCUGAAGUUGAGAAGCAAAUCAAGGUAGAAAUUGAAAAGUUGUUAGCUGCCGGAUUUAUUAAACCAAUCAAGCAUCCUACGUGGCUAGCGAAUAUUGUCCCUGUGAAGAAGAAAACCGGUGUGAUCAGAAUAUGCACGGAUUAUCGAGAUCUCAACCGAGCUUGCCCAAAGGAUGAGUUCCCGCUGCCAAACAUGGAUAUCUUAAUUGAUUCGACCUCGGGUCAAGGCUUGUUGUCAUUCAUGGAUGGGUUUAGUGGCUACAAUCAGAUCAAGAUGUCUCCCAAGGAUGCUGAAAAGACAGCCUUUCGAACACCGUAUGGGAAUUUUUAUUAUACGGUCAUGCCAUUCGGCCUCAAAAAUGCUGGCGCCACCUACCAAAGAGCUAUGACAGCGGUGUUUCACGACAUGAUGGGAAAAGAAGUUGAAGAUUAUGUGGAUGACCUUGUGGUGAAGUCCAAAACCAGAGAAGGCCAUCAAGAAGUUUUAAGAAGAGUGCUGGAAAGGUGUCGGCUGUACAGUUUGAAGAUGAAUCCAAAGAAGUGUGCGUUCGGGGUUUCAUCCGGUAAAUUCUUGGGGUUUCAAGUACACCAGCGUGGCAUAGAUGUGGAUCCAGAAAAGACUAAAGCCAUAAAUUCUCUUGCACCGCCUAAAAGCCCAAAAGAAUUGAAAAGCUUUAUGGGAAGAUUAUCGUAUAUUCGGCGCUUUAUCCCAGGUCUUGCUGCCACCAUGAGUGCUUUUACUCCAUUGCUCAAGAAAGGCAAGAGGUAUGAAUGGAGUGAGAAGUGCCAAGAAGCUUACAAGAAGGUGCAACAAAUAAUCGCCAAGCUGCCCACUAUGAAAGCACCUAUUCCGGGGCUUCCUCUCAAGCUUUAUUUGGCUGCAACAAACACAGCGGUUGGGGCCUUACUUGCUCAAGAUGAUCACAGUGGGGAAGAAAGUCCUAUUUAUUACGUAAGUAGGCAACUAAGGGGGUCUGAAGUAAGAUAUCCGAAAACUGAACUUUUGUGCCUUGCUCUUGUCUAUGCUGCACAGCGCUUGCGGCAUUACUUCCUUGCUCACAAGCUACAUCUCAUGGUGAACUGUCCGAGUUUCGAUAUCACCUGCACCACUCCAAAAGCCAUCAAAGGGCAGGCUGUUAUUGACAUGUUGGCUCUAUUUCCCGAAGUUGAAGAAUCAACAAUCUCUAAGGAAGUUCUGGGGGAGCUGCCGGAAAUGGUUGCUGUUGUCACGGAGGCAGAACCAUGGACCCUCUACUUCGAUGGGUCUUCUACAUCGAAGGGUGGAGGGGCAGGUGUGGUGCUUGUCAAUCCCGAAGGGCAAACCACGGCCCUCUCGUUUAAGCUAAAUUUCCCAUGCACGAAUAAUACGGCAGAGUACGAAGCUUUUAUUGCAGGAAUGUCUACAGCAAGGGAAAUCGGUGUCGAAAGAAUUAAAAUUAUUGGGGAUUCAAACUUGGUGCUGAGUCAAUUACAAGGAAAUUUCGCCGUGAAGGAACCAGCAUUGGCACCAUAUCGUACAGCUGCUGAAAGGCUUGUUCCCCAAUAUUGCAGUAAUCAAGAAGGACACCCAGUUGUUGAAGCAAUGGCUCAAGAGGAGCGGCUGGAAGAGGAUGACUGGAGGAAGCUUGUGAAAGAAAAAAUAGGCAAAGGAAGCAACAUCAAAGAAUUGAAGGAUUAUGCGAUCAUCUUUGGGGAACUGUACAGACGCCUUCCGGGAGGUAUUUUGACACGCUGCAUAGGGAUAACAGAAGCACAGGAGAAGCUUCAAGAGGUACAUGAGGUCACUUGCAAUUUGGAGCCAAUAAUCAGCCUGUACCGGCGCCUGCAGCGCAAGGGUUAUUACUGGCCAGAAAUGAGGAAACAAGCAGCUGAAAUACAAGCCAAUUGUCCCAAGUGUGCAAAAAUACCUUCCACCGAGGAAUCAUUCACCGUCUCAUUUGCGGAGGAUUGGAGGGCUCCAUACUUGGCAUCCUUCAUCAAUGGAGUCUUGCCAACCAAUCCCAAGCAUGCACGCAAGCUCAAAAGGACAAUGAAAAGAUACUUCAUAGAUGGGUCAACUCUUUACCGUAAGGGGUUUAAUGGUGAGCCAUUAAAAUGCUUGGGAAAGUCAGAGGCACAGCAAGUCAUGCAAGAAAUUCAUGCUGGAGAAUGUGGUGAACACCAAGGAAUGAAGAAGCUUUACCGGCAGCUGCUGAGUGUUGGGUAUUAUUGGCCUACAAUGAAGAAUGAUGCAUACGACUUUGUGAAGAGGUGUCACACAUGUCAAGUUCAUGCCAAUUUAAGUCAUAAGCCUCCCACGCUGCUGCAAGACAUGCGCACCCCUUGGCCCUUCCAUACUUGGGGGCUUGAUUUGAUCGGGACUAUUCAUCCACCAUCCGACAGCUACAUAUGGAUCAUCACGGCCACCGAAUAUUUUACAAAGUGGGUAGAAGCGGUUCCCUUGCGGAAGGCCACGGGAGCUGCCGUUGCCAAUUUCAUCCGUGAAAAUAUUGUAUGCAGAUUUGGGAUCCCAUACAAGAUUGUCACUGACAAUGGCACCCCGUUUGUCAAUAAGCAAGUAAGCUCGACACUUAGUGGUUAUGGUAUCAAGCAUCGCCGCUCCACGCCUUAUUAUCCACAAGGAAAUGGUCAAGCGGAAGCCACAAACAAGACUUUAUUGAGGAUCCUAAGCAAAAUGGUUUAUGAGUAUGAAGGAGGUUGGAGUGUUCACCUGCCGGAUGCUUUAUGGGCCUACCGCACCUCUUCAAGAAGUGCCACAGGUUUCUCGCCAUAUUCACUCGUGUACGGGUCCGAUGCCAUUUCACCAGUAGAGAUUACCAUCCCCACUGCCAGAACAGCAGCUGUUAACGACCUCGAAUGGGAUACAAAGUCAUGCUCGGAAUGGCGCCUGCUGGACCUUGAAGCUUUGGAUGAAAAAAGAGCGGUAGCCGAAAAGAAGACAGCAUUGUACCACAGAACCGUAGCUCAAGCCUAUAACAGGACAGUCAAGCCUCGCGCCUUCAAGCAAGGAGACCUCGUGCUAAAAGUUGCGGAGCAUGUGAGAAGACAAGUGUCGGGACCUUCCAAGUUUGCGCCACAAUGGGAAGGCCCGUUUGCAGUCAAAGAGGUUCACAGCAGCGGCUAUUAUCGCUUGGUCUCUGUCAAAGAAGGCACGCUAACCGACCCCGUCAAUGGGAAGUGGCUCAAGCUCUAUUACUGCUAA